AUGCACCGCCCGUUCGCCCAGCGGCCAAGCUGCCGGAAUCCUCGUCGGGUCUAUCAGAUCUGCGCCCUCGUCGCGCCUCCCACGCCCUCGCCGCUUGGUUCACAUCUUGCCAAGGCUUUGUUUGCAACACUUGGCGCUCAUCCUCGCAGAGUCAGGUCCCUCCAAGGGAUGCCCAACGCAGGCUUGUUGCCAAAGCCAAUCUUGCCAACAACGAGGCCUUACCGUUUUGGCCCGCCCAAGCCCUCGAAGCAUUCUCUGCCUGAUGAGGCCCAGACGGGACUCUCCAGGGCGAAAGCUUCUUCCAAGCCGGGAAAUGUGGGCAGCAAAGACGUCGUCCUCGUCAUCGAGCACUCCUUGGAGCAGCUCCUGGCCCAUGACAGGAUCCCGCAUGACGACGAGGUCAUCGCCGCAUUACGCAAGUGCGCCAAAGCUGCCAGUCUGGUCCACGCUGAGCUAGCGAGUCCUCUACACCUUGGUGAAUCCGCCGAGUCAGACACUGCAGCAUCGUCACUGCUAUCUAUGGACGGGCCUAAUCCAGAGGUGACGCAGUCGCCGCGGAUCAACAAGAUCCUAGACCCUCCUCGGCCUAGCGAGCUGGCGGACCGGGUUUCCGAAGCCGCCUUUGUCAUUGUCUCUCACCCGAACGUCCUCAUUACACCGCAGGUCUUGGAGGUCUAUCUGGACACCCAAGCACGGCUUGGCAGAGUAGAGACUGUCCCGCACGUGCUGGGUUUGUACGCCUCGAAACCGAAACCUCGACGAAGCCAUGGUCCGUUGCAGCACCUAAAGCAAAAUCCCGAUAGGGCAGCCAACGCUGUCGAUCCUGAGCUCGUUGAUAAAGCGUUGAACGCUGCUAUCGAGGCCAAGAACCUUGAUGCAGCCAUCGGUAUCAUCGAAAAUAGCUACGCAACUAAAUCGUUUAUCCGGGCAAAGCUGCUCAAGAAAGCUCUACUUCCUGCCUCGGCUGUCGUCGCGACCCCCAUGGCCGUCUACCUGCUGGCGUUCAACUUGUCUCAUCUCCAGAACUCCUUCGACCAGAAGACGGCGACCGCCGUAGCCACUGCUGGCAUCUUGGCCUACGUUGGGUUUACCGGCUGGAUGGGCGCGCUGUCCGUUAUCACGCAGAAUGAUCACAUGAAACGCGUGACAUGGGCCCCAGGAGUUCCUCUGAAGGAACGGUGGAUCCAUGAAGAAGAGAGAGCCGCUCUAGACAAGGUGGCUUGCUCUUUUGGCUUCUCGCAGGCUCACCGAUAUGGUGAGGAAGAGGGCGCUGACUUCCAGGCAUUGCGCGAAUUCGUUCUCAGUAAGGGCAUGGUCUUGGACAGAGUCGAGUUGAUGGAAGGUAUGAGCUGA